GGGAAAGUCCACUUGGCUCGGUUCGUCCUGGAUGCAUUGGACGGGCGCAUCAUCAACGGGAAAGCCGAAAACGGGCGUACGCUUCUGAUGCACGCCGUGUGCCUUCAAGAGCACAUAACCAGAUCCAAAUUCACCCAAUUGCUUCUGGAAAAAGGUGCGGAUGUGAACGCCCGGGAUGACCACGGACGCACAGCCUUGAGUCUGGCAUGCGAACACGGACACUUGGAUUCGGUGAAGCUCCUGGUGCAAUUCAGCGCUGAUCCAGAGCUCACAGACACAUGGGGAAACAGUGCCCUCAUGUAUGCCGCAUGCGGAGGACACAGCCAAAUCCUGGAGUUCCUAGUCCGGGCGUUCAAGAAGCUCGGUUUGCGACUGGACCGCACGAAUCACGCCGGCCACUCAGCCAUCCAAGUUGCUGACUUCUUUGGGCACAUCCAGUGCACUCAAACCCUCAACGGAUGUGGAAAGAAGACAGUGAGUCCGACGAACAGCACUGGAGAACCCGCCGAAGACCUGCGGUGGCCCAAUCGCCUCCCGAAGCAGGUUCUGGAGAGGUUCUCCAAACAGAUCCAAAGCAAGCACGAGGAAAUCCUCCCGGCCUUGUUUCAGAGACAGCUGCGCGUCGGCGACAGCAACGGCCUGCGGAUCCGCUUCAGACGUCCAGAUGCCAACCAAAGCCUCAGCAGAUCCGAAGACGGAGCGGAUCUGCUGUUCGCUUCGAAACAGAUUCAAAACUCGGUGCUGAAAGAGGUCGGAAGCGCAGAACGCGAGACGGACGGCGACGCACCGCUUUGGGGGAAAACAAGGUCGUUUAAUCUUGACCUCAGAUGCGGAAGGAAACAAUCCUAUCAGGGCGACGUGCAAGAAACCAACAGAUCUGCGAGCAAAUUCAAAAGAGCAUCGCUGCAAGAUGAAAAACCGCUUGUGGCGAAGUUCUACAGCACAAAAACGACUGACAACUUCGAAAUCAGAAAAGAGGUGCAAAAGCGUGGCAGCAUUCCCAAAACGACCAGGCAGAGCAAACUUCUGCUCAGUCGUGAAGAACUCGAACCUGAAAGAAUCAAACCUCACUCUUCUGGGCUCUCCAGACUCCUGCGCAGAUUCACGGCUCCUGAAUUCAUCCAUCUCAGUCCUGAUUGCUCCGGGGAACCCGAGGUGCUUCUCACUCCGACAGCCCAGCUCCUCUCAGUAGAGCGGCGGAUGCAGGGGCUUCAGCAGCGGGACAUGCGCUUGCGGUACUGCUCCACCAGGGGAACCAGGCACUGCGGAGAGCUGGCCUGCAGGAGGAAGGGGUGCUCCAGGAGGUCUGUGGCACUGGCCCGCUCCAGCGGAUCCCGCGUCAGCAUGCGCUUCAGGAAGUCCUUCAGCACCGGGGACACCUGCGGACGAACGGGACGUUCACAGGGAAACAGACGAGACAAA